CCUAGGCCUGAGGUGGGAGGGCACGGUAUUGGGACACAACGGUGUCCAUGCCAUCCCAGCGCUCCAGCCUGAUGCAGCCAACGACAGAGGAAACCCGCAAGACCCCAUUUGCAGCAGCAGAGGAUACACAAUGGUCCAGGCCUGAGUGCCAGGCAUGGACAGGGAUGCUGCUCCUGGGCACCUGCCUACUGUACUGCGCUCGAGUCACUAUGCCCGUCUGUACUGUUGCCAUGAGCCAGGACUUCGGCUGGAACAAGAAGGAGGCUGGUAUCGUGCUCAGCAGCUUCUUCUGGGGCUACUGCCUGACUCAGGUGGUGGGCGGCCACCUCGGGGAUCGCAUUGGAGGUGAGAAGGUCAUCUUGCUGUCAGCCUCCACCUGGGGCCUCAUUACUGUCGUCACGCCACUGUUUGCCCACCUUGGCAGUGGCCACCUGGCCUUCAUGACAUUCUCUCGAAUCCUUAUGGGUCUGCUCCAAGGUGUUUACUUCCCAGCCCUGACCAGUCUGCUGUCACAGAGAGUGCAGGAGAAUGAAAGGGCCCUUACCUACAGCACUGUGGGCGCUGGCUCCCAGUUCGGGACCCUGGUGAUUGGGGGCGUAGGCUCGGUGCUCCUGGACUGGUGUGGCUGGCAGAGUGUCUUCUACUUCUCCGGUGGGCUCACCAUGCUCUGGGUGUACUAUGUGUACAGGUUCCUGCUGGAUGAGAAAGACCUUGUUCUGGCCUUGGAUGUCCUGGUACAAGGCCUGCCUAUGGCCAGGCCCUCCAAAGUACACUGGAGACAACUCUUCCGGAAGCCCUCUGUCUGGGCAGCUGUCUUCUCUCAACUGUCUUCGGCUUGUUCCUUCUUCAUUCUACUCUCCUGGCUGCCCACCUUCUUCAAGGAGACCUUCCCCCACUCCAAGGGCUGGGUCUUCAAUGUAGUGCCCUGGCUUCUGGCAAUUCCCGCCAGUCUAUUCAGUGGCUUCCUCUCUGAUCGCCUCAUCAGUCAGGGUUACAGAGUCAUCACAGUGCGUAAGUUCAUGCAGGUGAUGGGCCUUGGUCUGUCAAGCGUUUUUGCCCUGUGUCUGGGUCAUACCACAAGCUUCCUCAAGGCUAUGAUCUUUGCAUCAGCUUCCAUUGGCUUCCAGACCUUUAACCACAGUGGUAUUUCAGUCAAUAUUCAGGACCUGGCCCCAUCCUGUGCUGGUUUCCUGUUUGGUGUGGCCAACACUGCAGGGGCCUUGGCAGGUGUGAUAGGCGUGUGUCUGGGUGGCUACCUGAUUGAGGCCACUGGCUCCUGGACGUGUCUUUUCAACCUGGUGGCCAUCAUCAGCAACCUGGGACUGGGCACCUUUCUGGUGUUUGGGCAGGCCCAGAGGGUGGACCUGGCCCCUGUUCAUGAGGACCUCUAGCAGUCUACCUAUCCAGUCCCACCCAGGACCCUGAUGUCAGCAGCCUAAGGACAAUAGCUGUGUUGGUGAAACCCUGAAUCUGCACCUCAGAUGUGUGAGCAUGGUCUCCUGGGUUAUCCCCACGAGUUGGAGACAUAGGUGGAGACAGACACCCGAACCCACACAGACCCAUGUCAGGAGUAUGUAUGGUCAUGGCCUCUCUGAACUUCAUUGUCCCAUCUGCUGGUCAGGAUCAUCCAGCCCUCCUCAGACUCAGCCAAACUCAGCGGGACUGCUGCCUGCUAUUAUGGAACCUGCAUCACCAAUAGGGGUCUCUCCAGUCCAUGUGGGUUGUUUCUACGAUGAGGUUUCUCUGUGUUGAAGAUGUCUUGUGUGCUGGAAGAUGUUCAGGAGCAGCUCUGACACCCGCCAGCUCCAGGCAUCUUCCAACCUCCAUCUCUCCUGUAGUGAAAACCCAUGUCAACCAUGUCAACCACAGUGCUAGAGAAGCUGUGCUUUCUGCUUCCCCCCAGAAGUCAGGCUGGCACUCUAGCUGGACCAAUUGCCUGCCUCUGCAGACCCUCCACAGCCCCUGGUUCUCUUCCUGUGGAUCCCUCAGCACUACUGAUGAGUCCUGGGUGGAUAGGCGCCUCUGCCUGGAAACCUCUGCUUUCUGGCCUUGUUUUUCUACCUCCCCUUUUAUACCUUGUGGAGCUGUGGUUUUAUGAACUGAUAAUGAAUUCUCCACGAUGCCAGUUAGAGAUUAUCUUUAUAGAUAUGGUGAGUCUCACCAAGACCUUAUUUAAGUGAAAACUAUUAAACUAUUUAAAAGAA